AGUGCGCGGAGGAGUUCCGGGAAGCAGGCUGUGUCCGCGCUGGUGGUUUGUCCUAAGCUUGGGGAUUUGAGUGCUGCUGCGCGGCGCCGCAGCCUCCUCACCGCCACCAGGAUCAUGGUGUUCUACUUCACCAGCAGCAGCGUUAAUUCAUCUACUUACACUAUUUACAUGGGAAAGGAUAAAUAUGAAAAUGAAGAUCUGAUAAAGUAUGGUUGGCCUGAAGAUAUUUGGUUUCAUGUGGACAAACUGUCUUCGGCUCAUGUAUACCUUCGUUUACAUAAGGGAGAGAAGAUUGAGGACAUUCCAAAGGAGGUGCUGAUGGACUGUGCCCACCUUGUGAAGGCCAACAGCAUUCAAGGCUGCAAGAUGAACAACGUAAAUGUGGUAUAUACGCCGUGGUCUAACCUGAAGAAAACAGCUGACAUGGACGUGGGGCAGAUAGGCUUUCACAGACAGAAGGAUGUGAAGAUUGUGACUGUGGAAAAGAAAGUGAAUGAGAUCUUGAACCGACUAGAAAAGACCAAAUUGGAGAGGUUCCCAGACCUAGCAGCAGAGAAAGAAGGGAGAGACCGUGAAGAGAGGAAUGAGAAAAAAGCCCAAAUUCAGGAAAUGAAAAGGAAAGAAAAAGAAGAAAUGAAGAAGAAGAAGGAAAUGGAUGAACUUAGGAGCUAUUCAUCACUAAUGAAAGUAGAGAAUAUGUCUUCAAAUCAGGAUGGCAAUGACUCCGAUGAAUUCAUGUGAAAGGAGAAAGGACCUCGGCUAGAUGUGACAGCAUAGACAGCUGCAGACCUUCCGAUUUCAUCUGUACUCUGAAUUACAGGAAACAACCAAGCAAAAUCCUGCCUUCAUUCUACACAGACAUUCAUUGUGGAGUUUAAACAAAUCAUUCUUUUUGCUGACAGAAAAGGAACAGAUAUUGUGUAUAAUAUAGUUGAACUUGAAGACAGGGUACAACUUUAGGAAAGCAAGAAUAUUUUUGGCAGAAUGUGUCUAAGUACCUCACAAAAACUGACUGCCUUUGCUCUUGGGAUGGACUUUAGAAUGAGCCAUCUUGUCCCUAACAACCGAUGUCAUAAGAUGUUCUUUGUCCUCCUGAAAUAAGACAGUGUGUUGAUGGGUAAUACGGGACAAGAUUCUGUCCCUGAUUUCCUGACUAGGGAAAAAAAAAAAGCAUAUAGGUUUGGAAGAUGAUAGUGGCGUUUUUAAAGAAUUGUCGACUUUCAUACUCACAUUCCCUCCUCAGUGUCUUGUUAGUGUCUGAGCCUCACCUGGCUCAGCUCUUACAGCCUCUCAGAGCAAGAGCCUCCCUCCUAGUAGGUCAUAUUGAAAGAAAGACUUGAUCUUAAUCAAGUUGGGGCCAUGGGUCAGCUAUUACCUGAGUACUGUGACCCAGGCCACUUUCUAGGUUCUGGAGUCAUUUUUCAUUGUGGAGGGAGACAAGGGGUGCUGUCUGCAUAUUGUGAGUAAUAAAGUCCACAUUAAUGAUGAUUUUAGACAGAAGCCUUUCUCUAGCCAGGCAAGUAAUUUGCCUCCUUCCCUUGAGGUAAUAUUUAUUUUGAACUGUCCCUGGAGUUGUAGGCUAAUAGGUAACUUCCUGUGAAACACAUGAUCUGCCUGCUACCAGAAGAUACAUUCAGUUAUAACGAGAAGGGACCCUGUGAGGAGGGACAAGUGUAACUGGGAGAGAAAGAACAAAACCUGAAGAUUGGUAGUUUAGCACAACCGUAUUGCUCCCGGGGCUGUUACUCUAGCCUAGAGAACGCCUCCUCCAGCGAGUAUGCUCGGUGUCACAGCACUUUGGAAGUGUGGGCAGAGCAGGUUCGUGUUCCCUUUUAUUCCAGGUUGGUGUAUGAAAUUGAACUGGAAAAUUCCCUGAAGAAUGUACGUCAUUGGCUAAAUGUUGAGGGUUAUGGAAGCCAGCACCAGAGAACAGUAAUUGUGUGUCUGAUAUUUAGACCAGAGUUCUGCAAUGAAAAAUUAUAAUAAAGUAUCAUUUUUUUUUAUCUGAAA